UUACGGAACUACGCAAUCUUGUUCUUGAUACCCACACAAGCCAAACAUUCUGCUAGCCAUGGAUCGUGAUACACCUCGAGUGGCCAUAGUUGGUGCCGGCAUCUCUGGAAUUACCAUGGCUGUGAACUUGAGAAACAAGUUGCGACAUGACAAUUUCGUGAUUUAUGAAAAAGCAGGGUCCAUCGGUGGGACGUGGCGAGACAAUGCAUACCCUGGAUGUGGGUCUGAUGUUCCCGGACACUGGUAUUCCCUCUCAACGGAACUAAAUCCAUACUGGGAGAAUUACUACAUCACGCAGCCCGAGAUACGCGCGUACUGGGAGGAGAUAUAUCAAAAAUACGGCCUGGCUUCCCGCACAGUGUUCAAUACCCGCGUUACUCUUGUUGAGUGGGACGAAGAAAAUGGCGUGCAUAACCUGACACUAGAAGACGUAGUGUCUGGCCAGACUAUACAGACCCAAGCGGAAGCUGUUAUCCAGGCUGUCGGUUUUUUCACAUCGCCAAUGUAUCCUCAGGAUAUUCCUGGAAGGGAGAAAUUUAGAGGACCGCUCUGGCAUUCUUCUCAGUGGAGGCACGAUGUAGAUCUGAAAGGCAAGGCAAUUGGCGUCAUUGGCAAUGGCUGCUCUGCAACUCAAUUCAUACCGGUUAUCGCCGCCGAGCCUUCUACUCGUGUCAUCAACUUUUGUCGUACCCCACAAUGGAUUGGAAUGAGGUUCAAUUACCGCUACCCGGAGUGGGUCAAGUGGGCGUUUGCCCAUGUUCCGUUUCUCAUGUACGCGUACAGAAGUUUCAUCAUGAUAACGGGUGAUCUUCCAUGGGGCAUUUUCGUGGCUAAUUCACCUGUCAGUGCUGUCAUGAGGAAGGUCCUAACGUGGUACAUGCAACGAACCGCGCCAGCGAAACUCCACGAUAAGCUUAUUCCCACCUACCCUCCUGGGUGCAAACGCCUGGUCCUUGAUUCUAACUACUUGUCUGCUUUGCACCAACCUAACGUUGAUCUGAAUUGCACUGGAAUCCAAGAAGUUGUUGAGGAUGGUAUCGUUCUCAAGACCGGUGAAAAAGUACCACUGGACGCAAUAAUCUUUGGCACCGGCUUUUAUAUGGCCGAGCGAGAUGUAGCUUUCCGCGGAAUCGGUGGCCUCACUCUGAAGCAAUAUUUCGAAUCAGAAGGCAGCUAUUACGGAACGGUUUUCCCUGGGUUUCCAAACAUGUUCACGAUCGUGGGGCCCAACAGUGCCUCAGCCCACACUUCUCUUCUUUUCACCAUCGAAACUCAGGUCAGUUAUAUCCUCAAGCUGAUGAAGCCUAUCAUCAACGGUAAGGCAAAAUCACUCGAAGUCAGCCAAAAGGCCACAACCUAUUACAACACUUGGAUCCAAAAGCGCAUGGAACAAACGAUAUUCUUGAGCUGUCUUUCAUACUAUCGAGGUGACAAUCGAAAAGGCCCAAAAAAUGUAUCUACGUUCCCUGGUAUGGUCUCAUUCUACUGGUGGAUCAUGCGAAAGCCACGCUGGGAUGAUUUUAAGGUGGUAGGUGGAGAAGAGUGGUUCAACCAGGGCAGGAAAGUGGCAUUGACGAAAUAUGCGCUUGUGGCUUUGAUGGUUUCCAUCGUUGCCUACAAUGCCUCUAUGCUCUGGAAGUUUGUCCCCGGACUCAUUUAA